GAGGCUGUUACAGAAAGAAGAGCAAAGUAAAGUGGAAAUCGUUUCUACACGGAAGAUUUAGCAGAUGCACCCUCGUUACAACCACGGAUCAAAAUAAACGGUUGCUCUUUGGUCAAGAAUUUAUUCAGUAAUUGGAGUACUUUACCAUGACUGAGUGGAAUCCCGUGGCGAAGGUGUACGACCCUUUGAAAGCGGGGAGCAUCGAUGGCACAGACGUGGAGCCGCACGACCGCGCAGUGUGGAGGGCCAUGCACGCCCGCUACGUUCCAAACAAGGGCGUGGUCGGAGACCCCGAACUUACGCUGUUCGUGGCGCGCCUCAACCCGCAAACCACCGAAGAGAAGGUUCGCGAGGUUUUCUCAAAGUACGGGGACAUUCGCCGGCUGCGCUUGGUGAGGGACAUAGUUACCGGCUUCUCCAAAGGGUACGCCUUCGUCGAGUAUAAAGAGGAGCGCGCGGUCACAAAGGCGCGCCGGGACGCCAAUAAAUUGGUGGUGGACCAGCACGAACUGUUUGUGGAUUACGAGCUGGAGCGGACCCUGAAGGGGUGGAUACCUCGCCGUCAGGGCGGGGGGCUGGGAGGGAAGAAGGAGUCGGGUCAGCUAAGGUUCGGCGGGAGAGACAGACCUUUCCGGAAGCCUAUCAAUCUGGCACCCAUGUCCGGUGACUGGGGGCAGCCUCAGGAUUGGUCCGGAGACCGACGAUGGGAGAGAAGUGGAGAAAAGGGGGACAGAAAUAGAGACCGGGACAGGUCGCCAGUCAGGGAAAGAGACCAUGAGCGGGUGAGAGAGAGACGAGAAGAACGCCAUAGAGGGCGAGAACGGGACGACAGAGACCGACACAGAGAAAGAAGAGAAAGAGACAGAAGUAAUGAGAGGGAUAUGAAGAGAGAAAAGGAUGAAAGUAGGCACAGAGAUAAGGACAGACACAGAGACAAGAGAUGAGCUUUGUGAUGUCAUUUCCUGCAUGUGAGCUAUUGGACAAUAGACUUGGUAUCUAACUUAUUUACUACUUAACACCCUCUUUUAAAUGGAUGUCAAGUGCUCAACCAGGACUUGGGUAAAAUCGUUUUUAACGAAUAGUUGAGUAGGAAAUUAAACCCAGCAAUAAAGAUUGUUUGCAAUAAAUGUUUUUUUGUUGA